UAUUUAUAACAAUGACGUCAGGUAGAGUCAAGAUGGACGAAGAAGGAACCUUAUGAGCUGAACAGAGUGAAAAGGGUUUUAUUCUAAUGUUAUUCCUUUUCAUGUUAAAUGGAUAGUGAGAAAAGGAAGUACAUUCUAAGACAGGAUAGGCCAGGAAAGAUCGUGCCAAGAUCAAAGCUAGGAAAUGUGAAAAAGUACCUUGCUGAAAAGACGUUUAAUGCAAACGACUCAUUCCCUGCUCUGAAAGGAGAUCUUUUUCAGGAUGGCCCUGAUGACGAGCAGCCAACCGACUUACACAGAAUUUUGGUCUCUUUAAUUGGUGAUGAUUCCAGAAUAUUAGAAGUAGAAACUGGGGAUUUAACAGAAAUUAGCAACGAUGUUGCCGACCUUCUACUGCCCAUAAAAGACGGUUAUACACGAUUCGAGUUGUUUUCAAAGCGGGGAUUUCUCAGCGAUGCCUUGGCAGCCAAAGUUAACGAUUCUUGCGAGGUCAAAAUAGAUGGAAUUAGGAGGAAAGGUGAAAUAAAAGAAAUAAAAACACUGACAGAAGAUAGACCAGGAAAAUAUUUCUUAGUACAACUUGAUGAUUCAAAAGAAGAGUCAAAACAUAUUUCUAUGCGCAAAUAUGAAAAUAAAGUUAUGACCACUGUAGACCACAUGGUAUUCAAUGGCCCAAAAACAUAUUCAAAGGAUAAUAAAGGUAGGAAAGCAUCAUCCACAUCAAUUGAACCAAUGAAAAAGUGGGACAAUUUUGAGACUGGAAAAAGGGUGGUUGUGUUUGUUGAAGACAAGCCUAUUAAAGGAACUAUAAAGUUUAUUGGGAAGGUCAAAUUUCUCAAAGAUGUGCAAAUUGGAAUCGAAUUGGAUUCACCUAAGGGGAGCUGUGAUGGUACUUUUCAUGGUCAAAAAUUGUUUAAUUGUAAGCGCAAUCAUGGAUAUUUCACAGAACCCAGUGCCAUAUUAUCUGAAGAAGAUUAUUAUGCAAAUCCUCAAGACCAGUUUGAUAUCAUUGAACAUGAAAAAGAAAGAGUCUCUGAGGGAAGAAAGUAUAAGAGAGCUCACAGUAGAAAUGACAUUGUUGCAGAACAGGCGUUGCAGUUGAUUCGUGUGUCACAAAAUCAGCCUUCUUCGCUUACAAGAUUCAUACCUGCAGAGACCGGAUACUUUGAUAGCUAUUUUGGUGAGAAAAAUUCUUACGAGGAUUUAAUGGGAAACAAGAAUACUAUGCAAGUUGGUAAAACAAAUUUUACUGAAGAUUCUCCAAUUAGCAUCGACGUCGUCCCUGAAGAUUCUGCCUACCGUGGAUAUGAAGAAGAAUUCAGUAAAAGAAGAGAUGCUGUGUCAAAUGAGUAUAGAAGACCUACAGAUGCCAUAGACCCUACACUUCAAGUCAACUCAGUUGUUCAAGUUAGCAUCAUCGGAGUGGCUCAUUAUGGUGUAAUCCGGUGGAUUGGCUUUCGUGAAGGAGAUCCACGCCAGGAAUUGUUAGCAGGCCUGGAAUUGGAAGAGCCCUCGCAAUUUGCCGGAGACGGUUCUUUGCUGGGAAAGCGAUACUUUCAUUGCGCUCCUGGUCGGGGAUUUUUCACCAAGCAUAGAAGCCUCAAAACAGAUAAGCGAUUUGCCAGCAUGGCCGCUCCCGAAGCUUUACCAGCCAACCAAGAUGUUGAAGAAGUACUGGGGAAUUUCUUACCACCAGUAACGCCGGAGGAAGCUCCGAAUGGCAAAAUGCGAGGAAUUCAAGGGCAUCACAAUUCAUGUUAUUUAGAUGCGACACUAUUUGCUAUGUUUGCAUUUAGCGUUGCCUUCGACUCUGUAUUGUAUAGGAAAAAAAGGGAUAAUGACAUACCAGAGUAUGAACAGGUCAGGAAUGCAUUAAAAAAUGCGAUUGUCAAUCCACUGAGAACGAAGGGCUUUGUUAACGCUGCAAGCAUUUUGAGACUCAGAGGCUGGCUUGAUAGGCUUGGAAAUGUUCAAGGCUUCAUGAACGAAGAAAAAGAUCCAGAGGAAUUUCUUAUGCUGCUUCUCAAAGAUGUAUUGAAAGUGGACCCUUUUUUAAAAAUAAGAACGAACACUGGCCGUGUCGAUGCGUCAUAUUUUUAUCAAAUUUGGGUUGAACGAGAAGAAUACAACCCGGUGCCAACUUUGCAGUACCUGAUAGAGCUGUCAUUUCACACUGGACUUUUCUAUCUGGAAGAGGUGCCAUCUGUUUUUGUUGUCCAACUUCCACGUUCAGGAAUGCAAAAAGUUUACAAAAGAAUCAGAGUCAAUCGUACUCUUGAUAUUUCCAGUGUUAUGACGUCUGCAUCAUUUACAUGCUUAAUCUGUGAAAAUCUGGCUGACGUGAGCUGUAGAGAGUGUUGUCAUUCAUUUGGAUGGGAACACCCUUUUAUUUACUUUUGUCGAAAAUGUAAUGAUAUGGUCCACCAGCAUUCGGCGAGGGUCGAGCACAAAGUGAAAAAAUUGCCAACGCAGAAAGAAAAUGGAUACAGUGUAAACAAAGACAUCAUGAAGCUUGAGCUUUUUGCAGUUGUUUGCAUAAAAACAAGUCAUUACGUUGCAUUUACGAAGCUUGGUGGCUCAGCCAAUGAAAAAUGGAUGUUUUUUGACAGCAUGGCCGAUCGAGUCGGUGGAGAAAAAGGCCAUAAUGUACCCGAGGUUGUCGAAUGUCCGGAAAUCAAAGAUUGGUUUGAUAACACACCUUUGAAUUUUGCUGAAUCUGACUCAAAGAAUACCCCAGAGAAAGUGUUGCGUCUAUUUGAAGAUGCAUCUUUGUGUUUAUAUCGGAGCAGUCCGUUGUCGAUGUAUAAAUGAGUAGGAUGGCAAGGCAGUUUGUUUGAGUAUUUAAAUAAACACAAGACGUGUAAGUUAAUGCGUCACUGUCGCUAAAACAAAGCAGUGUCGUCAGAAAGAUGUUUAGGCCGAUUAAACUAGUUUCUGCUGCCUACAGUUUUAGAUUUAGUGGAUCAAAGAAUAGAAGUAGUUUCGAUUAGGUAUAAUUCUUCCGUGUUUAAGAGAACCAUAUUUGGGGGUUGUCUGUCUACAAGAGGCAAAUAAUCUUUUUUAGUGACGUAUCAGAAAAGGUUUCCUUGUAAGUUUUUUUUGAAUCGGUACAGGGAAGAAAUAAACUUGGACAUAUUUCACCCUUUCUAAUGUAAGUACUUUUCAAGAGCAGGGAUCAUUAAUAAGACAGAAGAAUAUAUGGCCCUAUCAUUAAGCGUUUUAAUUCAGAUUACUUUCUCGCAAAUAUCUAACUUUAGAAAUUGUUAAAAUGUGUUUAAAAUAGUUAACUAAUCUAAGUUUUAUUAAUUUCCGCUACUCAGAAAGAAAGUUGGCAUUCAUAUGUCAUACUGAAUCUGAUAAUGGCAUCGUAUUUUAAGCAAAACAUUGUUUUUCAAAAUACUAUUCCUUUCGAUACAUUGUUGUGCCUUAAGCCCCUCAGACAGGCCCUAUUCGCUUGUCAGUAUAGGUGUCUUUAGUGAAUGCAACAGUAACAUCUGGUGAUAAUUUACUGUGUUUGGUGGGAGCAGUGAUCAGUUUCCUACUAUACUACUAUUGGAGGCAAUGCUCAUCGUUAGAAAGGCAAUGUUUUCUCGUGCUCAAAUUUCUUAUAAGCCGCCUGUUUCCUUAAAGCACGAUAUAAUGAUCCAACGAGGUAGCACCUUAUUUUCAUUUUUCUUCCUUCCUGCUCCGUAAGGUUAAAUUAUCUUUUCACCCCUUAAAACCUUAAAAAACUUUCCUGCGAUGAAACUAAUUCGAUUCAAAAAUGCGAUUAUGGAUUUCCCUUUCUGAAGCAGAUUUAGAAGUAAACAUUUUGUUCGACUUGUUUUCGCAAUUCUUCAAUAUUAUUCUAGCCGUAGUUAUUCAAAUUUGAUUGUGCCAUACUUCUUUUAGUUUGUCGUUUCUUACAUCUAAUUUAGGAUCGCAAAUUGAUCUUAAAUAAGUUCUUGACAUCAAUACAUUAACGAAACCUUUUUAUUUUGGAGCUGUUUCUUAUUUUCAAGAUUCUUUUACGUAUAUUGAAAUGAUAUUACUCUAGUAAAGUUUUUAGUGCCUCACAAUUCUAGACGGACGAAUAAGAUUACGGUCAUUUUUUGUUGUCUUAAUUUCUCUUUCUUUUCUUUUUUUCAAUUAUAUUUAGAAUAGUUAUAUCUAGAUUAUCAUGAGAGUUUCUUCAAGGUAAUGCCUUUCUGUUUUUGAAGGAUUAUCUUGAAUAACAGCUUUUAGUAAUUAGCAUAUAAUAUGUCGUAAAA